UCCGCCGUCGUCCAAAGUGCGGGGAGACAAAACACCACAAAGCCGACAGUCAGACGCAGUGUUAUCCAGACGGCCAGCAUUAGAGAGUGUCAGACACCAUGCUAGACUUCAUCCAAGAUGCCUUUUCGACUUUCGUCAUGUUCUUGACAGCGCGCGACUCGUACGAAAAGUACAUUGAAACGCAAAAGAAGAUCCUCGACCUCAAACCCUCCUGGGCACGCUUCAUCAUCAGUCUUGUGGCUCAGAACCACCUCAAGCGUCGUUCUCUGGCAAAGCGUGUUACGGCCGGCACGACAAAGGGGACAUGGUGGGGACCCGGUGUGCAACACAUGACUGAAGAGCAAAUCACAGCUGGUGACGGGCCCAUCAUGCUUUACAUCCACGGCGGUGCUUUCACUGUAGGCCACACGAAAAUGUGGUCUGAAUGGUGCUGCGACUUGACGCAACACCAUAAACGCAAGUUCAAUAAGGACUUCCGCAUCUUCACGGUUGAUUAUACAUUAGCCCCCGAUGCACACUUCCCAACACAGCACACAGAGUGUCUGGCUGCUAUUGACUAUCUUGUACGUCGAUGCAAAGUCAAUCCACUGCGCAUCUUCAUCUCUGGUGACUCGGCAGGUGGUAACUUGGCUCUGCAAACGAUGUAUGAGCACCACGACGCAGCUUCAUUCGGUGGUGCAGUCCUCUUUUCUCCUUGGGGAUUCCCUGUCGUCUCUCUUCAUCAAGCAGGCGUCGUCAAGAGUCCUGUCCCCAUCGACAUCAAAGAGGACGACUCGUACUACGUGUACGGCAAGACGGAUUACGUGACAGAUUUGUUUGCCGUGCAAGGCAUCAAAGCCUACAUGGGGCCAAACAUCUCCUAUGAAGAUGCAUUCAGGCACAAGGGACUCAACCCAUUCUUGCGACGACCAGAAGAUGUUGCUGCGUUGCCGGCCACAAUCAUUGUUUACGGUGGCUCAGAGAAGCUCAAGACAUCGAUUGAGUCGUGGCACAAGGAGAAUGAAAAGUCCUUCAAGGAUUGUGAGAUGUAUCAAGAAGCUGCAGGUGUGCAUGAUUGGCCAUUGAGCAGGAAGUUAUGCAAGGAUCCCGCCAUGUAUGAGCGUGGGCUCGAGAGGGUGUCGUCUUGGAUUGAGAAGAAGAUGAUUCACGGUGGCAAGUAACGGACGAACUGCAACUUUGGCAAGCCUCUUGUUACCUGGGUGGGUGACUAAGUGUUCAGUACCUACUGACGUCGCUUCCAUCGUCUGCAUUGCUCUUUCUUCGCAGAUGUGCACGCAAUUGCCCUUUCUCUUGUAGAUUUCAAUAUCGCAAGCUUCUUACAUUGCCCUCUUCAACUUCCUCGGACGUGAUUGGAUUCUACUUCACCAUCAUGCUGUAGAGC